UCUAGCGUUCCAAUCAAGUAGAUCUUAGCGAUCACAAACAUGUUUAAAUUCUUUCUAGUCCUCGCUUUGGCGGUAGCCGUAUCGGCCCAAUGGGAAGGUGGUUAUGGAGGUGAUGAGCACAAGGACCACUACGCCUAUCCAAAGUACAAGUUUGAGUACGGCGUGAAGGAUCACAAAACGGGAGACCACAAAAGCCAGUGGGAACACCGGGACGGAGAUGUGGUGAAGGGACAGUACUCACUGCACGAACCUGACGGUACUGAGCGUAUCGUCGAGUACUCGUCGGACAAACACAACGGAUUCCAAGCUCACGUGAAACGGGUUGGACAUGCACAUCAUCCACAAAUUUACGCACAUCACCAUGAGGGAGGAUUCGGCGGAGAAUCGUCGUUCGGAGGGCACGGGCAUGGCCACGGUCACGCUAGCAGCUAUGCCAACUCGAAUCUGUACUCGCAUCACCAUUGAACUCCUCGCAAGUCAUCCUGAUCUCACGCCUAUUUUUCUAAUUCUAUCGACUGCCU